CCCUGGACGGGCUUUCUUUCGUCCCUGGUCUUGGCCGCCUGCGUCCCCUUCUCUUUUGGCCCAGUGUAUUGAAUGUUCGGGAUGCUAGAGUUGGCGUUUCGAGGGUAAGAGGCGCCGGCUUCGGCCAGACUCAGGCGCCCUGGAGAGGUGGGGCAGGAAGUGCCCGCGGUUGCCCGCUAUGCCCGCCCCUCGGACCACCCCAGACAUCUAGGAUUUGUUCCCGCGCGCAGAUGUGUUGCCUCCUUACGUACUCACAUUUGCGGAAUUAUGCUGCGGAGUAUCCCCGUAGGACAUUGUGGUGGACCCGUCCAUUCAAAAGGGCAUGCCUCAUUCCUUCUUCAAUGGCAAGACGGGCAUCGUCUUUAACGUCAACCGCAACGCCCUCGGUGUGGAGAUGACGAAGAUCGUGGGCAACAGGCAGCUGAAGAAGCGCAUCCACGUGCGGGCGGAGCACUGCAAGAAGUCCCGGUGCAACGAGGCGUUCCUCCAGCGCGUCAAGGUCAACGACCAGAAGAAGCGGGACGCGAAGAUGCUCGGCAAGAGCCUGAAGCUCAAGAGGGAGCCCGAGGGACCCAAGGAGAUGAAGAUCGUCAAGGCCAAGCCCGAGGACGUCGUGGUGCUCGCGCCGGUGCCCUUCGUGGAGAACUACUUCUGAGGAACGUUCCCGACGCGCGUGCGGCCGCCAGGGCCCCGACCUGGCCUGCGUCCUGAGCGCGGGCGCGGUGUUCGCGGCGGUGUCCCCACUGAGCCUCCUCGUCUUGCUCGUCCUCCUCCUCCCUCCCUCUCCUCCUCCC